AUGUCUACUGCUGGUCCCGCCUCCGUUGACUCCAAAUCCGCAAAGAAACGCAAGGCAAAAACCGAAAAUGCGCCUUCUAGCAGCGGUGCAGCCACACCGGUAGUUGAAGCCACUACCAACGGCGUGGAUUCUCACACCGAGAAUCAGUACAUCAAAGAUCUCACGAGAAACAUCCGGAAUAUCCACAAGAAACUUGCUGCUUCCUCUAAGGCCGAUGCUGUCAUUAGCGAAAACCCCAACAUGUCUCUCGACGACCUGGUAGCUGCAAAGAAACUCAAUACCGACCAGAAGGCCCAGAUUCUCAAAAAACCCAUCCUUCAAGCGCAGCUCACACUAUUAGAGGAACAACUCAACUCAUUCCGCGCCUAUACUCAGGAAUUAGAGGAUCGGUUCGCGAAAGAGAAGUCAAGCUUGGUUGAGGCACAUGAAGCGGAGAUGGUGAGCAUCAAAGAGAAGGUCGUUCAAGAAAUGCAGGGCGCGAAGGCGAAGGUUGUCGAAGACAGUCUGAGGACUGUCACUCAUUUCUUGCAUGCUGCCGCUUCAAAACGUCAAUCCGAGGAGGCAGACUCUGAAGAAGGCCGUGCUUUCGAAGGUGCUCUACUCCUUGUCUAUCAGGGCAACGAAGCUUCUCUCACAACCUUGAAAAAUUUGAUCAAUGGUACAGAAGACAAGGUCCCAGAUGUCCAAGGCGAGGUGCUGGAUUUCACAUUUGCCCAGGUCAAACAAUCUGCUCUUCGAGGAGCCCAAGAUUUGGUACCGUCCAUGGAGCAGGUGGCCGAUGAGACUGAACAAACUGAGCCUUCCGCGGAUGCGACUGAAAUAAAGUCUGAUGCCACCAUUGCGAAUGCUGCUCUUACCGAACUUGGUGAUACCACUACCAUCCAGACUCCCGCUAACGACGCCGCCGCCGAACCGGAGGCCUUACCAGUGCUGGAGCAAGCAUCCACUGGGGCAAAUGCUGCAAAUGCUGUUGCGGAGGCUACAUGGGAUCCUCAGGCAUCUAUUGUAACUGACACAAGUGCAACAAAUGAAGAGUGGGUGCAAGUUUCUCGAGACCCGGCGGAGACCGACACUGGUGUCAAUGCCACCCCCGCUGCCGUGCAUGGAGCCAGCAAUUGGGCAGAGGAAGUAGGUGCUGCCACCGAGGAAAAGCCAGCUGCUGAGAAUGAUGGGUUUGAACAAGUCCGCCGAGAACGUGGUCGUGGCCGAGGAGGUCGCGGUGGCCGUGGAGAUUUCCGAGGUCGUGGACGAGGAGGUCGUGGAGAUGGAUAUCGCAGCAGCGGCCGAGGAGGAGCACCGAGAGGUCGCGGCGGUCCGCGAGGUGAGAAGAGCUAG